AUGGAUUCACAGAAACCCAUGUUCGAUGUCGAAAAUUUUGAUGAUGAGCUUGUUCAGAAGUUGGUUUUUGAUGCUCUCGUCUGGUCUUCCCUUCACGGACUCGUCGUCGGCGACAAAACUUAUCAGAAAUCAGGAAAAGUUCCAGGGGUUGGGAUGAUGCACGCUCCGAUUGCAUUGCUACCGACGCCAUUCCCAGAGAUUUACUGGAAGCAAGCUUGUGAUGUUGCUCCCAUUUUCAAUGAAUUGGUUGAUCGUGUGAGCUUGGAUGGGAAAUUCAUACAGGAUAGUCUCUCCAGAACCAAAAAAGUUGACAUCUUUACAUCUAGACUUCUCGACAUUCACUCCAAGAUGCUAGAAAGCAAUAAGAAAGAGGACAUACGUUUGGGAUUACACCGCUCAGAUUAUAUGCUUGACGAAGAAACAAAGUCACUUCUUCAGAUAGAGAUGAACACUAUCUCGUCUUCGUUUUCAGGCCUUGGUCGUCUUGUUAGCGAGCUACAUCAGUCAUUGCUUCGAUCUUAUGGGGAUCAUCUUGGGCUAGACCCUGAACGUGUACCCAGAAAUGCAUCCACAUACCAAUUUGCUGAUGCAAUGGCUAAAGCUUGGUUGGAGUACAAUAACCCAAGAGCGGUAGUCAUGGUAGUUGUGCAGGCGAAAGAACGCAACAUGUACGAUCAACAUUGGCAAAGCAGUGUAUUGAGAGAAAAAUAUCCUCUUUUAAUCUUGUUUCUCCGUUUUCCGUGGAAGACUCUAGCAGAAGUCGAAAAUGAAGGGCGUGUACAUGAGGACGGAACUCUUAUUGUUGGUGGCCAAGCAGUCGCAGUGGUUUAUUUCAGAUCAGGCUAUACUCCCACUGAUUAUCCGUCUGAAUCAGAAUGGAAUGCUAGAUUGCUUAUAGAGCAGUCCUCAGCGGUCAAAUGCCCGUCUAUAGCUUACCAUUUAACUGGUACCAAGAAAAUCCAGCAAGAACUCGCAAAACCAGGUGUUCUCGAGAGGUUUCUGGACAACAAAGAGGACAUUGCUAAGCUGAGGAAAGGCUUUGCUGGUCUUUGGAGCUUGGACGAUCCAGAAAUUGUCAAGAAAGCAAUCGAAAAACCCGAGUUGUUUGUUAUGAAGCCUCAGAGAGAAGGGGGAGGAAACAACAUCUACGGGGAUGAUGUGAGGGAAAAUCUCCUGAGAUUGCAGAGAGAAGGAGAAGAAGAAAACGCUGCUUAUAUCCUAAUGCAGAGGAUAUUCCCAAAGGUCUCAAACAUGUUCUUGGUGCGAGAAGGUGUUUACCGUAAAGAUCAAGCCAUAUCAGAACUCGGGGUCUAUGGUGCUUACCUCAGGAACAAAGAGAGAGUUAUAGUAAACGAGCAGAGUGGUUACCUGAUGCGCACGAAGGUCUCGUCAUCAGAUGAAGGUGGUGUUGCAGCUGGUUUUGCUGUCUUGGACAGCAUUUAUUUAAAUUGA